CAGUGCUGACCAAGGCUUCUGCCCAGCGUGGAGUCCCCUGGAGAAUCAGCAAGCCUACGAAAUAUUAUCAACUCAUUGCAUUAAAGUCUACUGCGGGUUCCUGCUGAUAUACUCCAACCCAUUUUUGAAAAAGUAGUGUUUUCCAGCAUCUUCACCUAUCCAGAACAUAAAUCAAAACUUGGGAGUUUCCUGCUUAUUAAUGAAAGCUAUGAAGUCUAACUCCAACAGGGCCCAGAACCCAAGUUGUAGAAUAAUGGUAUUUCAUCCAACCAAAGAAGAGUUUAAUGAUUUCGAUAAAUACAUCGCUUAUAUGGAAUCCCAAGGUGCACACCGAGCAGGCGUGGCGAAGAUCAUUCCACCCAAGGACUGGAAAGCCAGACAGACCUAUGAUGAUAUCAAUGACAUCUUGAUAGCCGCUCCCCUCCAGCAGGUGACUUCUGGGCAGGCAGGUGUGUUUACUCAAUACCACAAAAAGAAGAAAGCCAUGACCGUGGGUGAGUACCACCACUUAGCAAAUAGUGAAAAAUACCGGACUCCAGCACACUUUGAUUUUAAAGAGCUGGAGCGAAAAUAUUGGAAAACACGCCUCUAUGAUUCACCAGUAUAUGGUGCGGACGUCAGUGGCUCCUUAUUCGAUCAAAACACGGAGCAGUGGAACCUUGGACACCUGGGAACCAUUCAGGACCUGCUGGAGCAGGAGUGCGGAGUGGUCAUCGAAGGCGUCAACACCCCCUUCCUGUACUUCGGCAUGUGGAAGACCGCCUUCGCCUGGCACACGGAGGACAUGGACCUUUACAGCAUCAACUACCUGCACUUCGGGGAGCCCAAGACGUGGUACGCGGUGCCCCCGGAGCACGGCCGGCGCCUGGAACGCCUGGCCAGGGAGCUGUUCCCGGGCAGCGCGCGGGGCUGUGAGGCCUUCCUGCGGCACAAGGUGGCUCUCAUCUCGCCCACGGUCCUCAAGGACAACGGCAUCCCCUUCGAUCGGGUCACUCAGGAGGCUGGAGAGUUCAUGGUGACCUUUCCCUAUGGCUACCACUCUGGCUUCAACCAUGGCUUCAACUGCGCGGAAGCCAUCAAUUUCGCCUCCCCGCGCUGGAUCGAUUAUGGCAAAGUGGCCUCGCAGUGCAGCUGCGGGGAGGCCCGGGUCGCCUUCUCCAUGGACGCCUUCGUGCGCAUCCUGCAACCGGAGCGCUACGAGCUGUGGAAACGCGGGCAGGACCGGACCGUGGUGGACCACACAGAGCCCACGGCACUGGACAGCCAGGUCCUGAACGCCUGGAGGGAGGUCCGCGCGUCCCUGGGAGCCUCUCUCGCCACGAGGCACCACCCGCCCCGCUGCGCUCUGCGCCCCCGUAGGGCUGUAGCCGCGGGCGGUGGGGCCCGCCACCGUGUCCCUGUGCGUGCUGUGUCCCGGCGCCCCUCGCCGGCCCGGGGUUCUUGCUCUGCCGCCCAGUUCAGGGAUAUGGCCACCAGCACCUCCGGGGAGCCCGGCCCGACCCAGCCGCCGACCCCAGGUCCAUCUGCCCCGGAUCGCCACCCAGCUGGAAGAUGUGGCCCUCGUCGUCGUCCUUGGGAACAGGGCACUGAGGAGCCAGCUGCUCCUGCCAGGGCUAAGAGGAGGCUUUCGUUACACACAGCUCUGGACCCAGAGGCUCAGCCCCUGCCUGUGGAUGCACCCUCGCCGGACAGCGCCGCCCCGCUCAGCCCUGGGCUCCAGCAUCCCGCCACGGCUUCUGGCUGUGGUUGUGGCCCUGUCCCCUAA